ACUUCGUUAGUAACGAUACAAACAUGUUUUACUUCAGCAGCAUUCCCUUACACAUGGCCAAACACAGCUACAUUAACUACACAACAUGGCUAGGCAUUUUUGACGGUCAUAUCCUCUGCAACAAUGUUUACUGCUACAUACUUUGGCUCCCAACAAUGGAUAAAGAGCCUAUUUUGCUGCAUGGUUCCCAUCAAUGGACAACGGGCUAAUCUUAUUAUAUCUACACAACUCUCAACGAUAGACAAAAGGUCAGAUUUAUUAUCUCAUUUAGCCUCUAGCAAUGGACAAAAGGCUACACAUUUCUACAUAUUCUAUCUCACUAGCUCUCAAAAAUAGACAAAAAGUCAGUGCAACUUGGUACGAUUAGCGUGAGACAGUAACAGUUGCAACCCUAUAAUCAGAUGGGAUGGCUACCCUCUAGCGAUAAAAAUCCAUCAAGUAGUGGCCGACGAUCCCUUGGUGGUUGCCCAUGCAUGGUGGUGCGGUGCCCGGCGGGCAACAACAACCAAGACCACCUUCUAACGGUGUGGGUAUGGCAAGAAGAGCCAACAUUUGUCAAUAGUAUCACACCUUGUCGUAUUGGAGGCCAUGGAUGUGGCUGGCAUCCCCCUUCCAUGGAGACAACUCCAUCUGUCUCUAUACAUAUUCAUCGCUAUGGCGGAAUAUCUCCGGCCAACGAAGCUUGGCUCGGGACAAUGAUAUCGCAAUGCACACCCAUACCAUUUAUUCCUCAUUUUGGUGCAAUGCCAGCCAUGCACAACAGCAAUAUACCAAUGCCGGCCAUGGCUAGUAAGCAAAUGAGAGCAGCGAAUAUUCAUUCACAUAGUCCCCUUCAACACAUGAGGGAGUUUCCUUCUUCGCUGCAUAUGCCUCUAUUGGCUUGGCAGGCAUGGAUGGAUGAACGCUGCCCAUCUGGCGAAGCAAGGCAUCCGCACCAACAAAGCUUGGAGCUGGUGAUGCUGCCCGACUUUGCCAAAAAGAUGCUAGGCAGCAACAGCAUGGAAAUGAACUUGAUUCCCAGAACAGUGCCGUUUGAUGCUAACCGAAGACUGGAAAUCCUGCCAGAAACUAACUAGAGGUGUUGUCUUGGUCACCAUCAGCCACUUGCAGCCAUAUUUAAUGUAAGGGUGGCUACACAAGUUCCACAGCCUUGGAAACUAUUGUAAAAGAUUAUUAUCUGCUUGCAAAAUCUUCCAAAAUCUUGCAUAGGGCCUGGGGAACUCACCAAAUCCUGUGCAGAUGUUGUUUUUGUCGGCUACACUUAAGCACCUCCCCAAAGAUGGGAUUUCAUAUGGCUGGGGACAUUGCCAAAAAUAUACAAUUUCCAGUUUC